AAGAAGAGGCAAUCAGCUGUUGCCGUUUUCACCUGUGCGUUCAGCAAUGUGAAAAUUGCCCAAAAAGUUCUUGUAAAUGUGCUUAAAUCCAAAUCACGGCUGGCUCACUCUGUUCAGGGCAUAACUUUAUCCACAUAGACGCCCGAUUCCAACAAGGAACACGGAAAACAACGCCGGAAUAGAGCAAAACUGGGCUGAGCACCACCAACCCACUUGGUCGGCAACAUUUUUUUUGUAAACAAAUAAUUCGCCGAGGGAAAAACUAAUCUAGUGAUUAACAAAUGACGUUCAGCUGAGCCAACUGCAGGGAAAUCGCGACGAUGGACAAUAAGAAAGACAUAUACAACCUGUGGGUGCAGUACACUACAAAGAACGAUGAGACCCACUUCCGGCAGUUUGUGGCCCGCUUUGUGGCCAUUUGGCGGAGCCAACUGCAGCUGGACUUCCAGGCGGAGAACUGCCCCAUGUGGCACGAGGUUCUGCCGGACAGUGGUCCACACUUGGGCCGCCUGCCGGACGAAUUACUGCCCGCCAUCGGCAAGUUUAUCAUUGUGGCCAGGGAUGCCUGCGAAACGCAGGGGAAACUGGAGGAGGAGGCCAUCGAAGAGGUGGCCAUACUCGUGGACUGCCUGGUGAUCGUGUGCCGGCACUUUGACAACAUCCUGGCCGUCAUCAAGUACGAGUACAAGCCCAAUCUGAUUGCCAUUCUCUCCCGGGUGUUCAAACAACAAAUGGAGCUGCCUCAAAGUGUGCCCGCUAUAAGCCACCUGUUUAGCAGCUUCUCGGCUUUCCUGGAGGUCAUGUACGAUCCGUAUCUGACGUGGCGCAGCUUUGUGCGAGGCCAAUCGGCGGACUACAGUCGUCUCUCCUACAAACCCCACUCGGUGCAUGUGGAAAUUGUGCCCUUUAUUUAUGAUUGCUUUCAGGAGGAGAAGCUCAUUCGAUAUGCGGAGAUAGGCGAGAGCCUGCUGAACAUCUUGGGCGCUGUGAUUUGCGGCUCGCAGCUGCAGUUGAAAGUGCAGAAGUCUCUAAACACGACCUCGACCCUGACAAAUAGAAAUACUAACGCUCUAACCACUUCUUCACUUGCCCCCUGCUCGGGUGAUGGGCUGCUAGACUGUGAUAACUUGCGCAAUGGCAUGAAGGCCAUUUGCCCCGCCACGGUGUCCAUCACCAUGAGUAUUCUGCGGCAGUGGGAGAGUGCCCACGGUCCUCGUCGCGUGGCCCUACAAUGCUAUGCCCUAAUGGUCAUCGUGUUGCAGAAAUCUAGUCCGGAAGAACGCCAAAUAGACCUAGUUACGUUAGUUCAACUUUAUUGUGAUGCUCUCCAAGAGCUGCUGGCCACCAAGCACUUUGACAGCGGGGAUGCCAACUUCGAUAUAACCAGCGAUGCUGACCAGGAUGUGGCCAUCGACAUGGCUGCACUCUCCUCCACGGUGGCGGCUGUGAAAUUCUUUGUGAUUGGCGAUGCCGGCGUUAGCGAGGCAAUUGCUGAUUCCAGUCUACUGGAACUGCUCACCAGUCUGCCAAAGCUCAUUAAGCCCUGGCACAUUUCCCACUCAAGCACGCUGUGCAGCACCAUGGAGGCUUUGGGCACCUUGACACGCCACUCCCCGCAAUCUGCUGCCCAGUUGCGUCAGGGUGAACGCAUCGAGAGGCUUUUCGCCAGCUUGCAGGAUUUCGGCAAUCCAACAGUGGGUCUGCUGGACACUUGCUUCAUGCUGGGCUACGAUGAAAGUGGGCACUUGUUGCUUCUACCCGAGGUUAUGCUACAAUUGCUCAACUGGGUGCCAACGCUCCAGGAGCGGGAACAGCUGCAUGUGACCAACCUUGUGCUGAAGGGUUGCACGGACAACUAUGGAACCAAAUCUGUGGCAUGUGGCAGUCGUGUCAUCAAGGCUGUGUGUGGCUGUCUCUUGAAAGCGGAAUCUCUGGCCGAGAACUGUGUUCAGAAUCUCAUUAAGCUGAUAGAGGAACUUAGCAAGCUUAGUAUCGUGCCAGCCGAGCUGAAGUGCAUAUUUACAUUGUUGCGCCAGGAAACGAAGUUCCCGCAGAGCAAGCAGUUGCAGCAGACCCUCGUGGUAAUUGCUCUGCAAAGUUUACGGGGCAGCAAUUCCUGCGCAGAGUACUUCUCCAUUGAGCAGCCAACUGAUGGCAUUGUAGUGCCGGACAUUCGGAACUGGACCAUCUCCGGCUCAUAUGGCUUCAUCUUCCACAUUCUGGUGCGCUUCAAUCAGCUGAAGGAUCAGUCCACGAGCAGUCGGCGAAUGCUCCUCACCCUGCAGACAGUAAGUGGCAGUGGCUUUGAAGUCUUUGUGCAGCCAAAUGGAAAUGUUGUGGUGGCCGCCUUGACCAGGCGGGAAUACCUAACUUCCUCCACCGCCACCAAGACAUUGAUGGACGGCCAAUGGCAUUAUCUAACCGUGGCCAUAACGCCACCAAAGCGACCCUUUUCCUAUAGUCAAAUUAAUAUCUACGUGGACUUCGUUCAGAAACUGAGUGCAACUCUGAAAGUUCAGGCUGUUAAUGAACCCUUCACAGUGUGCUCCAUUGGAGCGGUCGUGGCGCCACCACAGGCAGGCGAAGUAGCUAAAACUGGGAUUAUGCCCAGGUCCUCUUCACAGGAAAGUGGAUCCAGUGGUUACAAAGGAAUGCUGCCUAGUCUACUGGAACGAACACUUUCUGCAAAUGUAUCCAACUAUUUCACCCUGCCCAUGCGCACCCAGACAGCCUUUGAUCCUAAUGUGAAAAACUUUCCUAUUGGAAUGCAGGACACAGUGUUUGGGGAGCAAACCUGUCUUAAUGGCCAUCUUGGCGGUGUGCUGCUAGCAGAUCCAACCACCAGUCUUAAGACCAUCUUUGAUGCGGGCUCCAACUUUAGUUCCAUCUUUUCCCAGGACAAUGACCUCUUGGAACUCAACUCUCGCUUUGUUUUCUGCUAUGCUCCGGGAGCAGUUUGGCAUGGCAUCUGCCAGGAUCUUAUACCAGGUGGAAAGUAUCCGGGAAGGAUUAAUGCCACGCACUGCAAGAUCGUAAAGAUCCAGGAGACAAUCAACAGUAUUGGAGGUAUCAGUGCAAUUCUGCCCAUCCUGCAUAGGCUGGUGACAUCGGAUCAGACGGCAGAUAUCUCCAUUGGCAGCGUGAGCGAGGAGUCCUUGUCUUGCGCACCAACGCCCUCGGCAGAGGAAUUCACUGACUGGGAGAUGCUCUCCUCAAACUCGUACACAGAGUGGAAGAUGCUGCAGCAACCGCUGGCCAGCUUUCUGUGCCUCUUGCGCUACCUCACCCACGAGCACGAAACGAACCAGGAGCAACUGCUGAGUAGCGAAUGCCUGGCCAUUGUGGGCACGAUGCUCCAACGCUGUCCGCCGAAUCUGUUCGAUGUUAAUGCUUUGAUGGCCACCCACCUGUUGAUGGAGUCGCUGCAAGGGCACAAGGCGGAAGCGGGCGGACAGCUUCUGGACGCACUGUACACUCACAUCGUCUUUGACUUUGCCAUCUGGUCGCGACUUCAGUUCCAAAUCACCCUGGGUCAUGCCCAGUACUUGAGUGCCAUGAUCAAGAAUGAUAGAAAGUUCUUCCGCAAACGGUAUGGCGUGCAGUUUGUGCUGGACGUGGUGCGUCAGUACUACUCCACGCCGGACAGCAUAACCGAUGACGAUGCCAAGACCAUUCGGGCCACGCUGUUCGGCAUCAUAAAGUUCUAUCUGCAAAAGGAAGUUAACAUCAAGGAGGUUAACUCCAUGAUUGCCUUCUUGGCAUCCGUACGGCAGGAUGUGGUACUUGUGGAGUUCUUGGAAAUGAUGACAUUCUAUGUGCGCGGCAAGAACUGCAAGGAUCAGAUGGUUCUUCUUCUGCAUGAGCCCCAGUCCGCCAAUCUCAUCUACAACUUCUUCGUGGACAAGAGCUACAACAAUGAGAUUCAGGAAGCGGCUAUUAGAUUCAUCAGUGGAUUGUUGGCCACAUCGCGGGUGCAUCAGAAGUAUAAACAAGUGCUGCGAUUGUACGACCAGGCCACCGAGCAGAGCAUGUUCCCUGGAUUUUUCUCAUUUAUCACACCACUAUCCCUAAGCUCUACCAUACUUUUUCACUUGGUUGAUGAAAUGCUGGGUCUGCAGCCGGACUAUGCAGGUCUAAUAUUCCUGGUCUAUCAUGUGAGCAGUUGUGAUCUUCCCGUGAAACUGGAGAUAGCGAAGCGACUGCUUCAAACUACCUUUGUGAAGCAGCAUUCCACAGUGGCGAUGGCAAAGCAAACGGGUUGGCAGGAGUCCAUUGCCCGUUUGCUCAUCCGAAAGCCCAUCACAAGUUCGCCACCUGAUGAGGAAAAGCGACGCAGUUUUGGUAUCAACCUCGACGUGCUGCUGGAAGAUAACUCCAGCUUUCUGGCCCAGGCCGAUCUGAUCACCUUCUCGGAGCAGGAGAUUGGCCUGGCCCAGUUGCAGCAGCAGCAGCAAGAGGAGCUCAGUGACAGUGGCCUGAUACUUAACGAAAUCCAGGCCAGCGUUUCCGAGGCAGCCACCGUUAUCGAAAGUGAAAUUAAGGAACUGGCUGAGUCUGUCUCUGGAGCAGUGGUUGAGAAUGCCAGCAGUCUGUUUUCGGUCAUUCGGCAGACCACCCAUGACCUGCAGGACACUUUCGAGUCCUUGACAUUGGGCAGCUCGACGGACACCGCCGAUGGCUCGCCUUCUAUUCAGCGCGAGGAAUCGCUGAGUUCCGACAGCUCCACACAGUCGCCGCACGGGCCUGCCAAAAAAAGCGAUUCCUUGGAGAGCACCUCUGCUUUUGACUUUGUGGCCGAUGGCGAUGUGGACACCGAGGAGCAGUUGGUUUAUCUAGUCUCAAAUACGCUAUUCAACAUCUUCUGGCGUGGCAUCCCCAACGAUCAUCCGCAGUGCUGGCAGGAGCGUGGCCAAGUACUGGGCUGCAUCAAUUUGUUGGCUCUGAACAACGAGCUGAUAACAUCGCACCUCUCGCUGCGCCUGCGAAUCCUGGAAAUGGCCGUACAGGCCUCCCUUUUUGAUCUAUCGGAGCAUGGCAGUCAGACGCUAGUCAAUCAGGAGAACGCCUCGAACAUCCUGCGCAUGGUUUAUGAGCUGGUGGUCCUGGGCUCAAACGAAGACGAGUCAAAGAAGUGUUCCACCAAGCUAUUGGACGGCGUGCUAGCUCUGCUGGACGCCCUGAUGAUCUUCCAACAGGGAUCCUCCGACGAUUGGUCGGAUAUGAUACGCCUGUGCUUGGGCCUGCUGCUCAAGUGCUCACAUCACCCGAAUCCUGGCAUUGUGGCGAUGGCCACGGCCAAACUGCAUGCUAUACUCCAAAGUCGCUCUACGGAAGAUCCUGCAGAGCUCUCUUAUCUGCUUUUUAGCAUCAAUAGGGCUUUGGAUAAUGCCAUUGAAGUUGGCAAUCCGGAGGAAUAUUCUUUCUUGAUGCCUGUGAUGAAAGCACUGCUGGAGAAGUGUCGCUUUGCUUUCAAUCUGGAUUCCACUCUCCCAGAUCUGCCAUCGACUUCCUCUGGUCCUGUCUUCUUCAAUGAUUUCCAAAUGUAUAGCACCAGCAAAAAAUGGAGGAACUUCAUUGAGCGCAUGGUGAAGCCGAUGUACGAUCGCUACCAGCGCGACAUCGAGCUGCAUCUGUGGGAGCCGAUCAACCGAUUCUGGGCGGAGUGCUACGAGGCCUGCAAGGCGGCCUCCAAGCAGAGGGCCGCCAAUCAGGCGGAGAACCGGCGCCUCUUCCAGCAGAAGAUCUACAUGCCGUGGAAGGUGCGCCAGGUGGAGGAGAUGCAGCGCCUGCAGGCGGCUGCACUGCACCACAAGACCGUCGACAGCCACAUACGGAAGCGGUGGAAGACAGCCAAGCGCUUCUUGUACGGCCCCCGCGGACCCUGGUACACCGGGGAUCUGGAGGAGGAGUUCUGGAAACUGUCGCCCCAUGAGAACGUGGCGCGAAUGCGUCUGAAGUUGGAACCCCAAUUAUAUCCAAAUAAACACGAGAAUGCCGCCAAUCUGCGUGAUAAUGCAACCAGUGCUUAUGAUCCCAAGGAAAUCUCCGAGUUCGACUCCACCAUCAAGAAUGCAGUGGUUCGCGAUUUCUUGGCGGAUGAUGAGAGCUCCCAGUUGGAGGAGGAACUGCGUCAGCUGAUCGAUACGCAGGCACAGCAGGAUGUUGCGCUGGAGAAACUAGUCAUGUCGCAGGAUUGCGAACUGAUCACCCUGAUGACCAAAGUGAAGGGCCGCAUCGAGGUUAACCAAAACGUGUUCACCUUUUUGGAUCUAAGUCCGCCCACGGAUGACGGAUCCAAGUACGACUUCAGGUUCUCCACCAACAAGAUACGAGAGGUUCAUCUGAGGAAAUACAAUCUGCGCAGGAGUGCUCUGGAGAUCUUCCUGGUGGAUCAAACCAGCUACUUCCUUAACUUUACCACGAAGACUCGAAACAAAGUCUUCACAAAAAUCGUGGGUCUGCCGCUUCCGAACAUCCUCUAUGGCUCGGGAAGAUCUCCGGCUGAGCUGCUGAGAGCUUCGGGUCUCACCCAGAGGUGGAUCAACCGCGAGAUUUCCAAUUUUGAAUACUUGAUGUACCUGAACACUAUCGCAGGUCGAUCGUACAACGAUCUAAGCCAAUACCCCGUCUUCCCCUGGAUCCUGGCUGACUACACCAGCGAUGUGCUGGACCUAACAGAUCCCAAAUCCUUCCGUGACCUAUCCAAGCCCAUUGGAUGUAUAAACCCCAAGAACGAGGCCGAGGUGCGUGGCAAAUACGACUCAUUCGAGGAUCCCUCUGGUGCCAUACCCAAGUUCCACUAUGGAACCCACUACUCCAACUCUGCCGGCGUGCUUCACUACUUGCUCCGCGUGGAACCAUUUACCUCACUGCACAUUGAGUUGCAGAGCGGUCGCUUUGAUGUGGCCGAUCGACAGUUCCACUCGAUACCUCAGACCUGGAAGCUGCUAAUGGACAAUCCUAACGAUGUAAAGGAGCUGAUUCCCGAAUUCUUCUACUUUCCAGAGUUCCUCAAAAACAUGAACAAAUUCGAUUUGGGCCACCUGCAAAUCACCAAAGAAAAGGUGGACGAUGUCAUACUGCCCGCCUGGGCCACCACCCCGGAGGAGUUCAUAGCCAUUCACCGAAGGGCCCUGGAGUCGGAGUAUGUUAGUCAGCACCUGCACCACUGGAUCGACCUGAUCUUUGGCUAUAAGCAGAAGGGGCCCAAGGCUGCGGAGGCUCUCAACGUUUUCUACUACUGCUCUUAUGAGGGCGCUGUGGAUCUGGACAAGAUCACGAAUCCUGUGGAACGGGAGGCAGUUGAGGGCAUGAUCAACAACUUUGGCCAGGUGCCCUCGCAGUUGCUUCGGGAGCCUCAUCCGCGUCGUCUCACUCAAGAUGAGACCGCUCUCAAGCUCGUACGUGCUGAGCUUCGAAGGCCGGAUCUCACCCAAUUCCUGGACAAAGUGGUGCAGUACUAUUGCGAGCUGUCCACGCCGAAGGAUCCCAUCGUGUACCUGAGCCCGCCGCGAAGUCCACCGAGAUCGUUCCUCCAACUGAGUCCCGAUGUGCUAGUCAGCGUGUCCAAGUCCACCAUACUGGGCUGCAAUUCGUGGCUGUCGUUUGACAAGGAUCAGGGAUUCCUGCUGGAAAUCGAUGCCACCACAGCCAACUUAAAGAACCGCAAGCGUGUCUUUGGGCCCUUCCACUCCUCGCAGCCGCCGCACUCGCAGCUCUUUGCCGUGAGCACGGAUGGCAAGCUGCUGUACGCCGGCGGCAUUUGGGAUAAUUCCUUGAGGGUGUACAACCUGAACAAGGGCAAGGCGGUGGCCUCGGUGACCCGCCACCUGGACAUCAUCACCUGCAUUGCGCUGGACAAUUGCGGCUCGUACUUGGUCACCGGCUCCCGUGACUGCACCUGCAUUGUGUGGAGCAUCCAGUCGAAUCAGCAAGGUGGUGGCGCAUCCACCAGCAACAUUCCAGUGCACGCGCUGACGGGUCAGUCGCACCUGCAGGCCAUCACCCAGCUGAACACCCAGAAUAGCUACUCGCCCAAGCCCUUGACGGUGCUCUAUGGCCACGACGAUGCCAUCUCCAGUGUGGCCAUCUACACGGAGCUGGACCUGGUGGUCUCUGGAUCCCUGGAUGGAACCGUCAACGUUUACACCCUUCAGGAGGGUCAGUUUGUUAGGACCCUCAAGCCCAUUGGCUGCACCGAGUCCUGUGUGCAAAUCUCCUUCGUAACCCUUUCCUAUCAUGGUCACAUCGCCUUCAGCGCCCUGGAUGACACCUCGCACUCGGUGCACGUCUACAGCAUCAACGGCUGCAGCCUGGGCUCCAAGUACGUUUCCGGCAGGGUGACGGGUCUGGCCAGUGCCUCCGACUACCUGGUGGUGGCCGACGAUGCCGGCGACAUCACCAUGAGCAGGCUUCACGGCUUGAAGCCCGUCUUCGACAUUCCUCUGCACGUGCCCAUCCAGACGGUGGUGGUCACGCCGGGCAACACCCACAUCCUGGCUCCCCUGCGAGAUGGUCGCCUGGCGGUAAUCGCCGUGCAGCUGCCCUCCGGCGGCAACAAGAAGCAUUCCGUGCUCAAUGUGUAAGGUUCAGCAGGAGCUGAUCUGCUGGACACUGGACUCCAUGGAUUCCCCGUGAAUUUACCCCCUGCCUAGCAUAAGUUUUGUACCCGUGUUCUGUGUUUCCUCCCUCUGCUUUUAGCCCACCCUAGAUUUAGUUCUUGUGUCUUGUGAUUUGUCAUGCUUUAUAUUCUGUGUCGUUUCCCAUGCUACGUGACGUGCCAAAAGCAAAGCCUUUGACCAACAAAUAAUUCCCAGAAAGUUGACAAAUGUGUCUAAAGAUACCCGGCCAAGUGGAACGAUUGCAUUCGAAGAAUUUCCAUGCCAACUCAGCAGUAUUUUCCUAUCAAAAAUGUGCUUGUACACCUGUCGGAGUGGACGAUCCUCCCCAUCCUGGCCAGCGAAAAUGAUCGAUGGCACGCUCGUCGUCAGUUGACAAAAAUCUGAAUAAAUCAUCAAUCAUUCGGAGAUAUCUCUGGGCACGCAAAGGAGGAGAUGGAGCGUGGCACGCCGUGGCCUGGCCGGUCGGUGGAAACUGGUUGUCGACGCACUUGGCAACCACUACUCACUGACUCACGAGCGACUUUCAAAUUGGCCCAAAAAAGAAAAAAAAGAACCGAAAAGUCUAAAAAAAAAGCGCCCGGCAACAGCGGCAAGGCGCUUAAAAAACGGCAAUCGCUCGCCGAGAUCGACGGCAUCCAGCUGCUCGGGUGAACAAGAGAAACACUUUCGUUGCGCCCCCUUUUUGCGCCUGCAGACACAACCAAAAAUAGAGCCCAGAGAUCUUUGUCCCAUUAAGUACGCACACUCGGAUCACAUGGUAUCCCAAUCAUUAACAGAGCACUUCCAAUUGAAAGUAUUAUCGGCGCACGAUUACCAUCCGUCCACACAGAUCCGCAAUAGACACAUGCGUACCAGUGCCCGAACAAAAGAUGCCGAAUUGAAUCUGAUUCUAUGCAUUACCAUACGUAACGCCCAUUCCCCAAACCUUUGAUUGUGAAAAACCCCCGCAGACUCUAACAUCUAACAAUUUCCAAAGACAUGCGACAAUAUCAAAGGUGAAUUGAGUAUAUAUUUUACGUAUGUAAGGAGGAGAACUCUCGCACAAUCGGGCCUUGAGAUUAGCCCCCGCCUCGAAGUCCUGGGCCGCUGUAUCAGAGCUAUCAAUAUCUUACUCCAGCAAUAUAGUAUAUCAUCCGUGUACGUAAAGGUCCUGCGGGGCCGAGUUCGUUAUUUGUUGUUAAGAUCGUUUCAAGUAAUAUCGCAAAGCUGUUUUCCCCGUUCAAUGUAUGUACGUAACUGUACGAGUUUAUGUAGAUAAUGUGACUAUCCGUAGUUUGUAGACCCGUCAAUAAAGUGAUGAUGAAAACCACA